AAUUAAAUCAAAUUAACUGAUUUCCUGUUCACGAUCAAUAUAUCGGCCCACUUGAUUAAUACCUAACCUAACCUAACCACAAACCAUCGUUCUCCGGAUUAAAUCUCUUAAUCAAAUUCCAUUGGAUGUUACUACUAACUAAUAUCUACCAAAACACUAAACAGUGUAUGUAUUUUUUCUUUCAAAUGUCUUCAACUUGUGCUUCUUUGAACCCACACCAAAGACAGGUUCUAUCUACAAUAUUUCACCGAUCGGAGAAUAUUCUUUUUGAUUGGAAUAAUGACCUUGAACAGUUCAAAUGUCACACACCAAGCACAUUUCAGCAUCAAUGGACCAUGGAAGAAGUCCUUGGGGUCAAGUUAAUAAUGUAUGAGUCCAAAUCUUACGUUCGUCUGCUAAUUAGUCAUCCUAUUUUAGAAGGCAUUUUCACUCGUAGGAUUAACACUGAUGAUUGUCUCUUUUCUCUAAUUCUUUUAUAUCAUUUUUUUUUCUUCCCCACAGUCUCUCUCUAAAUUUAAUCAAUAAAUCAAAUUCAAUCAAAUCAAUUGAUCAUGUUAUUAUCAUAUUGAUUAAUAUAUUGAAUAUUUAAUAUUAAUACUUCAAACAAUGGCCACAAUAUGAUUCUAAAUGUAUUCGAUGUAUUUGUUUACAUUUCUUUUACUCUUUCUUUCUUUCAUUCUCUUUCUUUUUCUAUGGCUCUCAUUUUCCAGGUUAAAUUAAUUUGGAAAAAAAGUAAAAUGAAAUAAUUGUUCACAUUUAAGUUCAAUAUUGUGUUCUAGCGUCAAUGAUUCUUUCAGCAAUGAUUCAAUAGAUGGCUCUGUGGAUCGAUAACUUAACUCAAUCGGGAAAAAAGUUUACUUUCUAUGAGCAUGAUUAUCAUUUGAAUUGCUGGUUUCAUCACUUAAACAUCUCGAGACAAUUUACCACAAUAGUCAAAAGAUGAGAGAAAAAUGUUCAUCGUUAAUUGUAACAAUCAACGAUCUGAGAUAUUAUUUGUUUGAUUAUCUUUUCUGUGUCUUCUCAAGUUGUGUGUUUUUUUAAUUGUUAAGAAACAAUUUCUAGACUAUUGGUUAUCAAUUGAAUCUAUUGACUAUCAAAAAUCUAAUUGUGAUUAUAAGUGUCAUGGAAAAACUAAUCAAUGAAAAGGAUUAUCUAACAAAUGAAGUUAAUCGCCUCGAGGAUAAAGUGAACCAGUUAAUUAAAUCUAAUCAAGAAUCGGAACAAUUUUAUCACAAUUUAAUUGUUGAUAAAGAAAAUGAGUUGACAAGGUUACGAAAUUUUCUAUCACAGUUAACUGAUUGUCAUCAAAAGAUGAAGUCAUGUAACAAUAAUGGAACUUGUGACCAGCAUCAUCCUGACCUCAUGGAAAUGCUCCGUUCCAAUUCAGAUCCAUCUCUAUCCUGUAACCAGAAAAGUAAAGGUGAUAAACUUUGUUUUCGAGUUGACGUUUCAACCCAAACCAUUGACAGUGAUUACGGAUUAACAGGAUUAGACAAUCAGCUGUUCAUCCCAACUAAACUUGGAUUCGCCUGUUUAAAUUAUGAUCAACUACCACCACCACCUCCAGAAUCCUUGCUAUUACCACCCCAAUCGUCCCAAUUGAUCAAGAAUGAGCAACAAUCAGAAUCAACUAUUUCAAGGGAAACACUGGAAGGAAUUAAUCAAAUUUUAUUGGCUCAUGCACUGGGACAAUUAACCGUAGCUGAUGCUGAUGAUGAAGAAGAGAUGAUGAGGAUGAAGAUGAUGAUGAUGACGAUGAAGAUGAUGAUUUACUUCAAGAAUGUGAUGCAAUCGAGUACGAGGAUGUUUUAUUAACUCGCCAAUCACCAAAUCAGAGUCUUGGCCUUUGCCUUUCAUCAGAACAACCAAAUAAUCAGGGAGAUAAUCAACAACCACCAAGGAAUCAUGAAAAUGAAAAUGGUGCUUACACUCGUAGUGAGGUUUAUAUCAGCUUCCUGGAGACUGGUGGGUUAGCUGAACGAUCCGGAGCAAUUAAGAUUGGUGAUCAAAUA